AUGCCGGGAUUGAGUGCAAAGAUGUUUAGAACCUACAACGCGAGCAUAACCCUUCAGCAGGAGCUUGAUAAACUCCAGCCGACACUGGAGAAGUUUAAAGAAGAAUUAGAAAAAGAGAAUAUGAAAAAAGAGGGAAAAGCAAAAACAAAAAAAGCAAAGACAGAACCACAAGCUGCUGCUGCUGCUGCUGCAGCAGCAGCAGCAACAGCAGCAGCAGCAGCAACAGCAGCAGCAGCAUCAGCAGCAGACGAUGAUGAUGCUCCCCUUAAAGAUAAAAAAAUAAAAACAGAAAUAAAUAAAAAUAAAGAAAAACAAAAAGAAGAAGAAAUACUGAAUGUAGAUAUCUCUGAUGUAAAUCAAUUGGUGCAGUUCUAUAACGAUGCAAACAGGGCAGUAGCAAUCCUAUGUAACCACCAUGCCCUAGGGGCAGUAGCGAUCCUAUGUAACCACCAUGCUCUAGGGUCCAGGGGCAGUAGCGAUCCUAUGUAA